CUGUAUCAUUCAUUGAUCGUAUCAGAUUGUACUCUUUGCGUUUACUUGGAUGCAGGGUUGUUUAACAGAUUAAUAAUCUAAUUUGGUUCUCUUAAUAUUCUAUAUAUUUGGUUGGAUAGGAGAGCACUCUCUUUAUAAUAGCGCUUCUUCCUUGAAGCUGUAAAACCAGAACCAUGGCUGCCUUUGAAGAAAUGGGGGUUCUGCCAGAAAUUUCUAAGGCCCUUGAUGAAAUGGAGUGGACGCUUCCAACUGAUGUCCAAGCUGAAGCGAUUCCAUUGAUUUUGGGUGGUGGUGAUGUUUUGAUGGCUGCCGAGACCGGCAGUGGAAAAACUGGUGCUUUCUGCAUUCCAAUAUUGCAAAUUGUGUGGGAAACUCUGAAAGACAUAGAGUCUGGCAAAGGUUCAAAAGCAAUCAACCAAUCCUCUUCGUCAUCUUCAACUUGGUCCUUAAGUUUGUUUGAUAGAGGAAGCGCUUUAGCUAUUACUCCAGACGGUCUUCGUUGUCAAAGUAGAGAAGUAAAAGAAUGGCAUGGAUGUCGUGCUAACAAAGGAAUCCAAGGAAAUGGAAAAUAUUACUUUGAAUCAAUUGUUACAGAAGAGGGAUUAUGCCGAGUUGGAUGGUCUACUUUUCAAGCCUCGUUGGAUCUAGGAACUGACAAGUUUGGUUGGGGGUAUGGAGGAACUGGAAAAAAAUCAAACGCCAAACAGUUUGAUAAUUAUGGUGAAGCCUUUGGAAUGAACGAUGUUAUUGGCUGUCUACUUGACUUGGACAAAGGAGAAAUUAAAUAUUUAAAAAAUGGAGUAGAUUUAGGCACUGCAUUUUAUCUAAAUCCUCAGCAAAAAUCGCAAAUAUUUUUCCCUGCUGUGGUUAUUAAAAAAGCAGAAAUGUCUUUUAAUUUCGGAGCUCAACCAUUCAAGUAUCCACCACCAGCUGGAUACGUUGCUGUUUCUGCAGCACCCAAGGAUUGUAUUAAACCCAAUCCCGCUAAUUCUAGUCAAGCUCAAGCAGCACCUACUAGUAAAAAACCAGUAAACAAUGCUCCUCAAGCUAUUGUGAUCGAGCCAUCUCGUGAACUUGCCGAGCAAACUUAUAAUCAAAUUCAAAAAUUCAAAAAAUACAUCAAAGAUCCAGAACUUCGAGAACUACUAUUAGUUGGAGGUCAAAGUAUUAAAGACCAAAUCACUGUCUUGAAUCAUGGAGUAGAUAUUGUUGUUGGAACUCCAGGAAGACUUGAAGCCUUAAUACAAGAUGGGUCUAUGCUGCUUCAUCAGUGCAGAUUCUUCGUGCUGGAUGAAGCAGAUGGAUUGUUAAAGCAAAGUUAUGGGGAACUUAUUGAAAAAUUACAUAAGCAAAUGCCUAAAAUUACGAAUGAUGGAAACAGAUUACAAAUGAUCGUGUGCUCAGCUACUUUGCAUGACUUUGAUGUGAAAAGAAUGGCUGAACGUUUGAUGCACUUCCCAACAUGGGUCGAUUUGAAAGGCGAAGAUGCUGUUCCAGAAACGGUACAUCACAUUGUUGUCAUGGUUGAUCCUGAGAAGGAUGACUCGUGGCAAAAUUUAAGAAAGCAUAUACAAACUGAUGGAAUUCACGCCAGAGAUAACACUAGAGGAAAAUCCGCUGAGGCUCUUUCCGAGGCGGUUAAAAUAUUAAAGGGUGAAUACUGUCUCCGCGCUAUAAAGGAGCACAAAAUGGACCGAGCUUUAAUUUUUUGUCGAACGAAACUUGAUUGUGACAAUUUGGAGCGUUAUUUAAAAUCUAUUGGCGACCGGGAAUUGACUUGUGUAUGUUUGCAUGGAGAUCGGAAGCCUCAUGAGCGCAAGAAUAAUUUAGAGAAAUUCAAGCGCGAGGAAGUGAGAUUUUUAAUUUGCACUGACGUAGCAGCAAGAGGAAUUGAUAUUACAGGCCUUCCUUUCAUGAUUAAUAUGACUCUUCCUGAUGAAAAGUCAAACUACGUGCACCGCAUCGGAAGAGUUGGUAGAGCCGAAAGAAUGGGUCUGGCCAUAUCUUUAGUAUCUAGUGUUCCGGAAAAAGUUUGGUAUCACGGAGAGUGGUGCUCCUCCCGUGGUCGCAACUGUAAUAAUACUAAUCUCACUGAACAAGGAGGCUGCUGUAUUUGGUACAAUGAACCAAGGCUACUUGCUGAUAUUGAAGACCACUUAAAUAUAACUAUACAACAAGUAGAAAAAGAUAUUAAAGUACCAAUGAAUGAUUUUGAUGGAAAAGUCGUUUAUGGUGAAAAACGUAUUGGCAUGGGUUCAACUUACGAGGAUCACGUGCAAGAAAUGAGUCCAGUGGUUGCAGAUUUGACAAAUCUUGAGUCACAGGCACAACUUAUAUAUUUGCGUAGGCAUCAAACUGUCCAUUAAUGUAUGUUUCGAAUAUUAACUGAAUAAUUAAAGACUAAUAUAAGCUUAUAAUUGAAAACACUGAUUUUUCUGUACUUUAAAUUUUUGAAUAAAUUUUUCAAUAAUAUUGAUGUAAAGUGUUCAUUAUGA